AUGUCAUCCGAUGACGUCGAGACUUUGAAACAAAUAAAGAAAACGUGUAGAACAAGAUUGACUAAAUUUAAAACUUUUCUUGAAAAAUAUGUCGGAACUCAAAAUAAAGAUAGUGUAUCGAUCGAAGAGUUUCGGGUGCGUUUAAGUAAAAUCGAAGAAGUAUGGAAAGAAUUUGACAAAGCGCAAACAGCCGUUGAAUUAAUGUUCCCUGCACAGGAUCUUGACCCUGAACGAACAGAGUUUGAAGAAUAUUACUAUAAAUAUGUAUCCUUAGGAAAUAAAUUUCUUAAUCAAAAAACAUCUCAAGUUUCUGGCAUCGAACAAAACCGAAAUGAAGCGCAAUCAGCGCGUAUUGCUCAAUUAGAAUCAGAAAUCAUUGCUCAGCGUGAAGCAGAACUCGCGUCCUUGAGGGAAAUGGCUUCGUCGCGCGGAACAAUGGUCAGUGAAAGAUCGCGUAAUUUAUUUCCCUUGCCUAAAUUGGAGUUGCCCACUUUUUCCGGUGCAUACGACGAAUGGUUAGCUUUUAGAGACGCGUUCACAGCAGUAAUUCAUGACGACGAUUCAAUUCCUACUAUUCAAAAAUUGAGAUAUUUACGUUCGUUCGUGAAAAAUGAUGCAGCGCGAAUUAUAGAGAAUUUGGAGACUACCGAGAAUAACUACGCAGUAGCUUGGACUCUGAUGAAAGAUAGAUUUGACAAUAGUAGAAUUAUUAUUCAGAAUCACAUGCAAGCUCUUUUUGACUUGCCGGGGGUCUCAAGAGACUCGUCCUCGAGUAUGAGAAAAUUGCUCGACGAUGCUCUGAGACAUAUUCGCGCUUUAUCGGUUCUUGAUCAGCCAACUGAUAAAUGGGAUACUCCGUUAGUUUUCUUGGUGACCUCCAAAUUGGAUAGAGAUACCCGGAAGGAGUGGGAGAGGUCCAUAGUGGGAUCAAAAAUGCCAACCUUUAACGAAUUAAAAAAAUUUUUAAGUCAAAAAUGUCAAAUUUUAGAGACAGUUAAUUUUAAUUCAGAUAGAAAUAAAACAAACGAUUCUAAUUCAAGGUCAUUGGGAAAAACAGUACAGACAAACAGGGGUGCAAAUUUAAAAUCAUUAUUGAACGUACAAUCUAAUUUUACAUGUCCAGUGUGUAACGGAAAUCAUAAUGUGCCAUUUUGUGAGGAAUUUAAGAAAAUGCAAACCGUGGAACGAUCGGCAUGUGUGAAAAAACUAGGAUUAUGUUACAAUUGUUUAAAAAAAAAUCAUUUAGUGGGAGAUUGUAGGUCGGGUAAUUGCACUAUUUGUAGAAAACGUCAUCACACCUUACUUCAUAUUGAAUCGAGAGUAUACACUGUUACCGAUGAAAAUAAACAAUCAAAUAAUAGAUCGAGUAUUACUAAUUUACAUAUUUAUGACGCAUCAAAGGUAUUGUUGUCUACAGCAAUGGUAGAUAUUUUCGACGAUGAUAAUUGUAAAUAUUCGUGUAGAAUACUUUUGGAUAGUGGCUCGCAGCCAAAUAUUGUAUCGCGAGAGUUAGCAAGCCGAUUAAAUUGUAAAAAACGGAAAAUAAAUUUAGCAGUGGAAGUUGUUAAUAACAUAGAAACUUCAUGUUCGGAAUGGAUUAGUUUGAGAUUAAAAUCUAAAUGUUCUAAUUAUUCGACAGUGUUAAGCUUCUUGAUUCUGCCUCACAUCACAGGAGAUGUUCCUGCCAAUAUUGUUGAGAGAAAUUCAUUAUCUAUACCAGAGGACAUUUGCUUAGCGGAUCCAGAUUUUCAUCAUCCCAAGAGAGUUGAUGCUUUGAUCGGUGCUGAGGUGUUCUACGAUUUGCUGCUAAAUGGAAGAAUGAAACUGAAAAAUCCGGGACUGGGACUGCAGAAUACUAAAUUAGGCUGGGUAGUCUCAGGGAAGCUAGGAGGAACAUGGAAUCAGGAAAAAGUACACUGUCAUUUGGUCCGAGGAGGUCUACACGAAAAGGUAGAAAAAUUUUGGGAAUUAGAAGAGGUGAGUGACCGAGUACAAAUUUCUAGUGAUGAGGAAUUAUGUGAGACUCAUUUUCAGAAGUAUGUUCAACGUUUGACUUCUGGAAAAUUCAUGUUAAAGUUACCAUUUAAUGAAAAAAGAUCACUUUUAGGUCUAAGUUAUGAGAUGGCAAGGAAAAGGUUUUUCAUGUUGGAGAGACGAUUGGAAAAGAAUCCUGAUUUAAAAUUGGAGUAUCAUAAAUUCAUGUCAUCAUAUCUGGAGUUGAAUCACAUGGAGCCGUCAGGAAGUGGACCAAAUGAGGGGUACUAUCUACCUCAUCAUGCGGUAGUAAAAAAAUCCAGUCUAACAACAAAGCUGCGUGUGGUCUUCGACGCAUCUGCAAAAUCAACAACUGGAUUAUCCCUCAAUGAUACCUUGAGAAUUGGACCAACCAUUCAAGAUGGAAUUUUUGAAUUAAUACUCCGAUUCAGAUGUUAUAGGAUAGUUCUCUCUGCAGACAUCGAAAAGAUGUACAGACAGUUCUGGAUAGAUCCGGAAGACAGGAAGUUCCAGAAAAUUCUGUGGAGAUGGAAUCAGUCUCAACCGUUGCGAACGUUCCAGCUGAAAACGGUCACAUAUGGAACAGCAUGUGCUCCUUUCAUGGCGACGCGAUGUCUUAAACAGCUAGCUCAUGAAGAAAGGACCUCGUAUCCGUUGGCAGCAAAGGCAAUUGAAGAGGAUAUGUACGUGGACGAUUUGUUGACUGGUACCAAUUCUGUCGAGGAAGCUAAGAGAUUGCGAGAUGAUAUCAUAACAAUCACAAAUCGAGCGGGACUCACUAUGUGCAAAUGGCUUUCGAAUCAUUCAGCCAUCAUGAUGGAUCUACCGGACAAAUCUGGAACCACGAUGAUCAGUCUGGAUCCGGAGAAGAUCACUAGAACGCUGGGCGUUGGCUGGAGUGCCAACGAGGAUACGUUAAUCUUUGAAGUGAGUCAGGGACCGGUGAUCGAACAAUGGACUAAACGCAAUAUAUUAUCAAGAAUUGCCCAAUUGUUUGAUCCGUUGGGUUUGGUGUCACCGAUCGUAGUAUUGGCCAAGAUCAUCUUACAGGAUCUCUGGAGAUCACAACUUGGAUGGGACGACGGAGUUCCUGAAAAUAUAAGAAAAAUGUGGGUGGAUUAUCAUGCUCAACUGCCAGUGCUGAAUGGAUGGAGCAUUGAUCGUCAUAUGUUGAUGCCGGAAGCUACAAACAUCCAACUGCACGGCUUCUCCGACGCUAGCAUGAAAGCAUACGGAGCAUGCAUUUAUUUACGAGUAGCUACGAAAGAGGAAAUCAAAACGACCUUGGUGUGUGCUAAGUCCAGAGUAGCUCCAAUAAAGGCUGUGACGUUGCCCAGGUUGGAGUUGUGUGGCGCUCUGUUGCUCGCGAGGCUCUACAGGAUGGUGGGAACUGCCAUAGAUCUAAAUCUCGAUUCCAUUCAUUUUUGGUGCGAUUCUACCAUCGUCUUGGCUUGGCUUCAAUCACCGGAACAAAAAAGAGAGAUUUUUGUAUCCAAUAGGAUUUCCGAGAUUAAAGAACUUACAGCUGCUGGAAAAUGGUCACAUGUACCCACUAAGCAAAACCCUGCGGACUUGGUCUCGAGAGGUGUAUUGCCAUCAACCUUCUUGCUGAACGAAUUAUGGAAGGAGGGACCAGAGUGGCUGAAGAAGAAUGAAGAUCAUUGGCCUGAAUAUCGAAGAGAAAAAAUAAUGGAAGCAGAUUCUGCAGAGAACGUAGUAACACUCACAGUGAUUACGAAAAAAAAUUCUGAUCUUUGGGAAAGAUUUUCAUCCAUGAAAGCAUUGAGGAGAUUUUUCGCUUGGUCGUUUCGGUUCAAGGAAAAUGCAAGCAAACUAAGUCAUCGAGAUGGUCCUCUCACUGCCACCGAAUUGAAAAUUGCAGAAGAUCGGAUUAUGCAAUUGGUACAACGCGAAGAAUUUGAAGAGGAAAUAAAAAAUGCACACGCAGGGAAGGAAAUUUCGAAAUCAUCGACCUUGAACAGAUUGUCUCCCAUAUAUGUUGCUGGAAUGUUGAGAGUGGGGGGCAGAAUUGAGAAUGCUGCCAUUAACGACAACAAAAAACAUCCAAUUGUCUUGCCGAAAAAACAUAUUGUAACGCGUUUAUUGAUUAGAGAAUAUCACGAAAAAAAUUUACAUUCUGGGGUUAAUGCCACACUGUACGCACUGAGAUCUAAAUAUUGGAUAAUUGACGGUAGAUCGUUGGUCAGGAACGUAUUGCAUUCAUGCAUCAGAUGUUUUCGGGUAAAACCAAGAGAACCAUUUUACAAAAUGGGCAAUCUUCCUAGAGUUAGAUUAACGGCAGCUCGACCUUUUGAGAAUGUGGGAAUUGAUUUCUGUGGGCCAUUUUUUAUAAAAGAAAAGGUGCAUAGAAACAGAGGUAAAGUGAAGGUGUAUAUAGCAGUCUUUGUUUGUCUGUCGAUCAAAGCGGUACAUUUGGAGUUGGUGGGCGAUCUGACAUCCGAUUCAUUCAUUGGUUGCUUGAGACGUUUUUUCGCGCGGAGGGGAGUUUCAAGGUCGAUAUAUUCCGAUAACGGAACUAACUUUGUCGGCGCGAAUAAUCAAUUAAGGGAGUUAUAUGACUUGCUCAAUUCAAAAAAAUGCGAUGAUGAAACUCGCAAAUUUGCAGCGGAAAGGGGAGUCGAUUGGCAUUUUUCUCCACCGAGGACACCGCAUUUUGGAGGAAUCUGGGAGGCGGCCGUGAAAUCGGUGAAGCAUCAUGCCCAUCGAGUCCUACGAGACACUUUGUUUAGUUAUGAGAGUUUAAAUACUUUUUUGACGGAAAUCGAGUCAAUUUUGAAUUCGCGACCAUUGACUCCAAUGUCGUCUGACCCAAAUGACCUUGACGCGUUAACGCCGGGCCAUUUCCUGAUAGGAACCUCGUUUGCGGAUUUGCCAUCGCUUGAUUAUUCGGCUACAAAGGUAAAUGUUUUGACGUCAUGGCAACAUUUGCAAAAAUUGCGCCAAGAUCUCUGGAAACGGUGGUAUGUUGAAUACUUGAGUGAACUCAAUGUAAGGAGUAAAUGGUUUCAAGGUAGUGCAGAUAUUGUAAGGGUAGAUUCUAUGGUUGUAUUACGAGAUAAUAAUUUGCCACCACUGCAAUGGUUGUUAGGAAGAGUGAUUGAAACGCAUGCAGGAGAUGAUGGCAUAAUACGUGUUGUUUCGGUAAAGACGAAAAAUGGCAUCUGCAAGCGAGGAGUAAAAAGAGUAUCGCCGUUACCCUUAGACUGUGAUUAAAGUAUGUUAAUUGAUUAAUCAAGGCGGGCGGCAUGUCGCUACGCGAUUGUGUUCGACGAAUUUUAAUUUGAAUGAGUGGGGAGAAUUUUGGUAAACGACGACGAUAGGAAGGUGCGAUAGUUCCCGACGAGUAGUCGUCAAGCAAACAUAAAUUAUAGAAACGAUUUUGUAAUCUUUUAUAUAUUCAAUUUUAAUUAGUUUAAUAAAGGCCUUUAUGUAUGUAAUUUGGAAUAUUUAUUGU